UUGUAAGAAAAAAAGAAGAACAGAAUAAAGAAGACAAAGAAAAACAAAAAAAAAAUUGGGUGUAACUUGUUUAAAAUUGUUAAGAAAUUAGAAAAACUAAAAAAAUAUAUUACUUUUAAUAAGAAAGCACAAAAAAGAUCGAAUAUUAAAAGGUUUAAUACAACUUUUUGGAGCAACUAGUGGCCAAAAAUAUUUAAAGGAAAAUGUCGAAGAACAAAUUGAAUUUAACACUGCCUCCAGUGGAUGCGUCAGCAGCUUCUUCACAAGUGGUACCAACACCACCGUUUAAAACUCCUUCUGGCACAGAUUUGCUGGGCAAGCCGAAGACGAGCAUUGAGGCGCUGACCGAAACCCUGGAGGAAUUGGAGAUGGAUGACACAGCCCGUAAGCGUAUUAAGGUGUUCCUAAGCCAAAAGGAGAAGAUCGGCGAGUUGUCAGAUGAUGAUUUGGAAAAGCUAGGCGAACUGGGUUCCGGCAAUGGUGGUGUGGUCAUGAAGGUGCGUCACAUACCCACUCAAUUGAUAAUGGCCCGUAAAUUGAUACAUUUAGAAGUAAAGCCCGCCAUUAAGAAACAAAUUAUACGUGAACUUAAAGUAUUGCAUGAGUGCAAUUUUCCUCAUAUAGUGGGCUUCUACGGAGCAUUUUAUAGUGAUGGUGAAAUCAGUAUUUGUAUGGAAUAUAUGGAUGGUGGUUCCUUGGAUUUGAUACUCAAAAGAGCUGGCAAAAUACCCGAACCCAUAUUGGCUAAAAUAACUUUAGCAGUAUUAAAAGGUCUAAGUUAUUUAAGGGAGAAACAUGCCAUCAUGCAUCGGGAUGUAAAGCCCAGUAAUAUUCUAGUAAACAGCAGUGGAGAAAUAAAAAUCUGUGAUUUUGGUGUAUCGGGUCAAUUGAUAGAUUCUAUGGCAAAUUCCUUUGUGGGCACACGAAGUUAUAUGUCGCCUGAACGUUUACAGGGCACCCACUACUCAGUGCAGUCAGAUAUUUGGUCUUUGGGUUUGUCAUUGGUAGAAAUGGCUAUAGGCAUGUAUCCCAUACCACCACCAGAUGCUGAAACCAUUAAAGCCAUUUUUAAGAAAAAUGAGGAUGGUACUCAGACUGUGGUUGAACCCAAAGUUAUGGCCAUAUUUGAGUUAUUGGAUUACAUUGUCAAUGAACCACCACCCAAUUUGGAUUAUGAUGAAUUUACCAGUGAAUUUAAAGAUUUCGUGGAUAUAUGCUUAAAGAAAAAUCCCGAUGAAAGAGCUGAUUUGAAAACAUUAUUGAAUCAUGCUUGGAUACGUAAGGCUGAGGUUGAAGAAGUUGAUAUUGCUGGCUGGGUUUGUAAAACAAUGGAUCUACCACCCUCUACACCGAAACGUAAUACUUCACCCAAUCAAUAAAUAAAAACUUUAUUUAUGAAAAAAAAAUAGCAAACAAAUACCCACUCAUGCAUUAUACUUAUACUUUUAACUUAAUGUAAUAUCUUGUCAAACACAACACUAAUGAAGAAAACAACAACAGAAACUAAACACACAAAUUUCUUUAAAUAAAAUAUCUCAAUUAAGCGAUACGAUAAGAAAAAUAA